AUGUAUGCAACCUGGCACAACGAGUCCUACGCCGCCAUCGACCCAUCGAAUCCCAAUCUCAGCCAAAUAGGAAAAACAGUCAUCAUAACCGGAGCCGGUAGCGGCAUCGAUUGCGCAACCGCUCUUGCCUUUGCCAAAGCACAUGCAGCAAGAGUGAUCCUAAGCGGACGUACUGAGUCGACCCUUCAAGAAACCGAGAAGCUACGUGGUGACAGCAAGUCAGACUGCAUGAUCUUCCCCGUUUCAGCAACCGACGAGACUGCGAUGCAGAAUGUUGCUGAACAGGUCGGCGCAUGGGAUGUCCUCGUUCUUGCCGCAGCGCACGUCUCUUCGCCGAUUUCGAUCGUCCAGAGUUCGCCGCAAGACUGGUGGGCACGCUAUGAAAUGACUGUGAAGGGUGUCAUCAUCGCUCCAUAG